CAUGAGCAAAGGGCCGCAGUGGUACCAGCGUGCUGGAGAAUUGUAGAUAGACGUAUGGUAAUACGUCUUAGCUCCGAGGGCUAACAUCAGCUUCAGAGUCCUAAAUCUGAAAAAAAUGAGAUGCCUUGGCAGGCAAGACCCUCUCGCUCAUCCUCUGGUCUCUGGGCGGGAGUACGCGGGAAACGAUCUCUCAUCCUUCACAGCGCGAAGCGACCGAACUGUCUCGCUCUCUCUAUCUCGACGUUCAACAAGACGGACGAGAGGCAACGGUGGGGGCCGCUAUACGAGAUAGAGGUUAUAGAGUGGUAUAAGUUGGAUCUCGCGCACCUGUCAAUAUGGCGUUGAACGGCACUCAGUCGAAGAAGGGAUUCACCCAAGUUCGCCCUAAUACAGACCGAUCUCGAGGCGUAUUUGCAGCUAGCCGAAACGAUUCCCGGAGUUCCUCAGCGUCCCGAGCCGCCACCUCCACCAUGAGCGGUUCAGAAAGUCAGCCGUGCACCUUCGCGGACGUCGCGGUCUCGUACCGUGUUUAUAUUCUCGACGACCUUCUAGCCGAGCCUCAGGAGGUUGUUCACGACUGGAGUCGGAACCUCCUAUACAUCAGCCAGCGGCAUAGGCAAGGAAACAGUUUCGCGCCGAUCGAAUUGUCUCACGAAAUUUCCAUCCUCGACAUCUCGGUCGGCGAUAUCGUUGCGUCGAUCGACAUCAGCCCCUACGCCGGCCCGCACUGUAUGGCGCUGGACGAGUCGUGCUCUUAUCUUCACGUCUACGUGGAUGGGGGCACCAUCUGGAUCGACCCAGAGUCGAGGACCCUCACCAAUUUCGAGCCCCAAGCGAUCGGGAGGCAGGCAGAGAGAUCCAGCGAAGACUUCAUCGCGGAGAUCGAUCUGCGCUCUGGGAAGAUGCGCCAGAGAGUCAACGUCCCCGAAGGCGACAGGCAUCUAAGCGAUGGGCGGCACGUGGCUUUUUCUGCUCCGGCAAUCCGGUUUGCCAGUCGAUCCUCCAGCAGCGGACUACCUGUGGUUGCCGUGGACCAGGACGCCGCAAUAGAGGCUAUGAGGGCGAAGUUUGCCAUACGCACAAUCUACGUAACGUCUCGAAAUGUCAUGUUGGUUUAGAAGGAGUUAUGUAUUGGGAAAGGGGAUAUUCAUGCAUUAGUAUACGGAGUUUGGUGGUUCCUUUCCAUUUUUCCAUCAUUGCCCGCUUUACCACGAAAACCAAAAAAGAACAAACUGGGUUCCAAAAGACCAUGCUGGCAUGCGAGAACAAAUAUUAGCACUGGCUGCUGGAGUAUCAUAUUCGAUAGAUCAUAGAUAGUUCACACGCAAAGCGAUCCUCUGUUUCUACGUCUGGAAAGACACUCUGGGUAGUUUUCUCCAAAGGCCACGGCGUGUCUCGCGCAGAUGUGAGACGCCUAGAACGAGAAUAAAAACGAGACAGACCACCAAGUCAGAUGUAAAACAUUGUGGGAGAGGCGAGAUGGCCCCUUCGGUGUGGGGGUGGCAAGUAGAGGCCUGCCUGUGCGAAC